AUGGGGCUUUCCAGAAUUACCAUAGCAGCAGGUCUGCUAAGUCUCGUCUCAAUCGUACUAGCUCAUGGCGACGAUGAGCACAAUGGCAUGGAUAAGGGUGACAUGAACAAGCCUGAGGGGCAUGGUGAGCAGCCGAGCUCGAAAGAGAUCAAUAACUAUGAUGCUCCAAGCUACUAUGGCCUCGACUCGUAUGGGAGGCUCAUGGUGGCUCACAUCGUGCUGAUGGUGGCAGCAUGGUUUCUCAUAUUGCCCAUAGGCGUGAUGUUCAGCGUCGCCAGGUCCAGAUUUGCCCUGCCAACCCAGUUCUUCUUCCUGCUGCUGAAUGGUCUUGGUCUCCUGGUUGGAACAGUGUACAACAUGAACACCCCAGAUCUGUAUGAGAACAAUGCUCACCACAAGAUUGGCUGGAUCGCAACUUGGAUCGUGACUGCUCAAGUUGCCAUGGGUUUGUUGUUCACCUACUCCGGCCGACGUAAGCAAACCAGGAGCGCACCUACUGAGCGAGCCACUUUCUUGCCCAUGUCUGUGGAGAACAUCUCACAACAUAAUGUGCGGCCCUAUACCGACUAUCGCUGGUCAGGCGACAGCGGUCAAGGGACCGAGCGAUCCUCGACAUUGAACAGCAGGGACAACUCCCCAAUUGAUCCAAAUAGACGGGACACUUUUGACGGUUUCGAGAAGCCCGAGCCGUUGCCUGCGGAUAAUACAGACGAUGAGGAAGAGGACGAUGUGGCAGCCGGAUUGCCCCUGUCGUCUCAAUCUCCACGAUCACGCUGGUUUCGCAUCAGCCACCUGGACAAAUUUCUCUCUGCGCGAGUUCCGAAUUUGCUGUCGGAAAAGAUCUUGCGAGUAGCACAAUUGGUGUACAACAUCAUCGACAGAACCAUCCUCAUUCUCGGGUUUAUCGCGCUAGUGAGCGGUGGUGUGACAUACGCCGGCAUUUUUCGAGGCGAGAACGUCUUCAACGGUUUGGCACAUUUUGUCAAGGGAGGAAUCUUCUUCUGGUACGGAUUGCUUACCUUGGGACGUUGGAUGGGGUGUUUUGCCGACUUAGGAUGGAGCUGGAACCACAAGCCCGUCCGCAGCCAGGUUGGCCACUGGAAGGCCAGAAUUCCAUCGGCUGAAUUCGUCGAGUCCUUCGUCAUCUGGCUUUAUGGCUGUACCAACGUGUUCCUAGAACAUCUUGCUGCCUGGGGCGGUGAAUGGACUGCCCAGGAUCUGGAGCACGUCUCCAUUUCCAUCAUGUUCUUUGGUGGCGGGCUGUGUGGUAUGCUCAUCGAAUCCCAAGCCGUUCGACGAUGCCUCAAUGUCGUUGUUGAAAAUAUGCCAGAGCGAGCAGAUAUACAUCCGGGUGAUGCACAUGAACUGCGCUGUCCACCAAAGACGUAUGGCACGUCUUUGAAUCCGCUGCCAGCGUUGAUCAUUCUCCUGCUUGGAGUGAUGAUGUCCUCUCACCACCAGGCAUCGGUCGUGUCGACGAUGGUUCACAAGCAAUGGGGCAAUUUGCUUGUUGGCUUUGCAUUUGCUCGCAUUGCCACUUACGUCCUCACUUAUAUCUCGCCACCAACCUCCAUCUUCCCCUCUCGCCCACCUACCGAGCUGGUUUCGGCAUUCUGUUUGAUCUCAGGCGGUCUUGUUUUCAUGGCCAGCACAAAGGACGUCAUCCACUAUAUGGAGUCAGCGGAUCUCAUGGCCAUGUUCGUCUUCACUGUUGUCAUGGGCCUGACGGCACUCAUCAUGGCUUAUGAAAUCAUUGUGCUCUCCCUUAAGGGAUGGGCCACACAUAAUGAGCUCAAGAGAACCCCCGGUUCCGUUCGAUACUAA